AUGCAUGGAGUCAAUUUAAUUUCUGUUAUAGUUUUCUUGAUUGCUACAAGUGUUGAUGCAGAGUAUUAUGAUUUAAACAAUGCGGAAAGCUUGUUUGAAGUAUUUGUCAAGGAUUACGACAGACAUUACAAGGACAACGAUGACAGAGAUUUACAUUUUAAAGCUUUCGUGAAUAAUUUGGAAGCUACAAAUAAAGCCAAUGCAGAAGAUCUUGAAUCAACCUAUGGGAUUACUCAAUUUGCUGAUUUUACACCUGAUGAGUUCAAGAACUUUAUGGAUUCAACGCUUCAGGCCUGCCAGGAGCCAUAG